AUGGACGGCGGAAUGGACCGACCUGACUACUGGCCAUCUCCCAUCGGCCACCAAGACUACCACUCCCCACGACCGCCAUCCUCGGCCCGGGCCCGUGCUCCGUGGCCCAUCAUGCAGCCCUUUCGCACACUCGUCGCGUUCGUCAAGCGUUGUCCCUGGGCUGUCAUCUCAGACCUUGGCUCGCCUGGUCCAUCCGCCUCUGAUGAUAUCUACUACCCGUCAGUGCCGCGCAGCCUGCUCCACGACACAGCCGUCUCCUUUGUCGUCAAGGAUCACACUCGCCCAGACCUACCAGAGUUCGUCAUCUCGUGCCCGUUCGAGCAUGUCGACCUCGUCCACCAGCUGCUCGCGCCAGAUGGCUCGCGCCGCCAGCUCAGCGCCCGCGGAACGAGUGGCCAGCCACGAAACGGCAGUCAGCUGAGGAGCAUGUUGUUGGAUGGCAUACCUAGCAUCGAGCUGACCUUGCACCGGGACGCGGGUGGGGACGCGGGCGGCCCCAACAGCCGGCAGAGACCGUCUACAGGGAAUGAUGGAGGUGCAGUCGCAUCGAGACCUGGCCCCGGUGGUGGCUGGAACACUGGAGGACCUGACAACAGCAAUGUCAAGGGUGACGGAGGCCAACACACGUCGCCAAUGAACGAGCCUGCUGGUAUCACAAAAUCGCCAGUGUUCGUCAAUCCAUUCGCUGCCCCGCCAAUGAACGAGCCAGAUGUCGAGCAUCCGAGGUCAAGGGAAGAUAUACCAACGCCGUUCUCCGCAGCCACGCCACUGCAAGCAUUCAUCACACCUCCAUGGUCUUCACCGCUUCCACCUAGCUCUGGACAAGAGGGCGGCGUGUCACAGAGUUCUUUGCAGGCCACGGUCGAAACGGCUCCUCCGACCCCUUGCAUGGACCCUGUGAAGGUUGAUCAAGAUGAUCCAGCACCAGUCGCGCUUGAGGAGGGACGGGAAGACAGAAAUGAGGAUCGUGUGGAGGGACAUGGGGACCCACAGCAGGAUAGCCCUGGUGGCAUAGGAGAACCUCCGACGCUAUUUUACGUGCAGCCCAGUCCUGAACAGAUACAGCGCGGGGAGCCGCUGACUGGAUGGCUGUGCGAGCCUCAGUGGCUUCGCCGUAGGCUCAGGGACUUGACACGGGGGAACAUGCAAGGAGAUCAGUAG